AUGACGAAGCGCACAAAGAAGGUCGGCGUGACCGGUAAAUACGGCACUCGCUAUGGUGCAUCGCUCCGCAAACAAGUCAAGAAGAUGGAAAUCACCCAACACGCCCGAUACAUCUGUACCUUCUGCGGCAAGAACACCGUUAAGAGAGAGGCAGUCGGAAUCUGGAAAUGCAAGGGCUGCAAGAAGACAGUGGCUGGAGGCGCGUGGACAGUUUCAACCCCUGCUGCGGCUGCCACCAGAUCAACCAUUCGACGACUGAGGGAAAUUGCGGAGGUGUAA